CUAGCACCAGUAUAUAAACACAAGCCUCCCUCCCCUCCCCUCCCAUAUUGUGUUUUGUAUAGGAAGAUUGCUAGUGAGAGAAAAGCACAAAUUAAGAAAAUGGGAGAGCAAGUGAUGCAAGAAUUGAACCAUGAAAGACAGCUUUCAACAAGAAAGAAAGGUGGCUUAGUUACCAUGCCUUUCAUUAUAGCAAAUGAGGCAUUUGAGAAGGUGGCUAGUUAUGGAUUGGUGCCAAAUAUGAUACUUUAUUUGAUGAGUGAUUACAAGAUUGGUGUAGCUAAAGGCACAAACAUACUCUUCUUAUGGACUGCAGCUUCAAAUUUCUCCCCUGUUUUGGGUGCAUUUCUUUCAGAUUCAUAUUUGGGUCGGUUUCUCACCAUUGGACUGGGUUCCUGCUUUUCACUUCUGGGGAUGUUCUUGCUUUGGUUAACAACAAUGGUUCCUGACCUAAAGCCACCUCCAUGCAAUCAAUUAACAACCUGCAAGCAGGCCACACAUUCUCAGUUUGCUUUCUUGGUCUUUGCCUUCAUAUUCAUCUCUUUGGGAGCCGGUGGCGUAAGGCCGUGUUCUUUAGCAUUCGGUGCUGAACAAAUAGACGAUAAGAACAAUCCAAACAACGAGAGAGCCUUAGAAAGCUUUUUCGGGUGGUAUUAUGCUGCAGGUGCAACUGCAGUAUUACUUGCUUUCACUGCUAUUGUUUAUAUUCAAGAUCAUGCUGGAUGGAAGAUCGGUUUUGCGGUACCUGCUAUUCUUAUGUUCUUAGCAACACUCUUGUUCUUUUUGGCUUCUACACUAUAUGUGAAAUCCAAAGUUAAAAAAAGCUUGUUCACUAGCUUUUUACAAGUUAUUGUGGUUGCUUAUAAGAACCGAAAACUCCCUUCCCAGUCACCAAGUGCCGAUGGUUGGCAUUAUCACAGAGAUUCACCUAAUUCUCUUCCAACCAAGAGACUAAGGAUCUUGACCAAAGCCUGCAUAAUUCAAAAUGCGAAAGAUUUAACCUCGGCUGGAAUUGCGACAGACCCGUGGAGUUUAUGCACAGUAGAGCAAGUCGAAGAGCUAAAAGCACUAAUAAGAGUUCUACCAUUGUGGUCUUCAGGAAUCAUGAUGUCAAUUAAUGUUAGUCAAUCUUCAUUUCCAGUGAUUCAAGCUAGCACCAUGGAUAGACAUUUGGGACCAAAGUUCCAAAUUCCUGCAGGCUCAUUUGCUUUUUUCACAAUCGCAGUUAUAGGCAUUUGGGUCAUUCUAUAUGAUCGUGUUAUUCUUCCAUUUGCUUCAAAGCUCAGGGGAAAGCCUGUCCAUCUUGGUGUUAAGUUAAGAAUGGGCAUCGGGCUAGUUUUCUCUACUAUGGCCGUCGUAGUUUCUGCGCUUGUUGAACACGCUAGAAGAAAACAAGCAUUCAAACAAGGGCUGCUUAACAACCCGCAAGCGGUUCUUUCCAUGUCAGCAAUGUGGCUGGUUCCACAGUACUGCUUACAUGGAUUAGCCGAAGCUUUUAGUGCAAUUGGUCAAAAUGAGUUUUACUAUUCUGAGUUCCCAAAAAGCAUGGCAAGCAUUGCAGCUUCGCUUUUCUUGCUAGGUAUGGCCUUUGCUAACUUACUCGCCAGUCUAAUCUUAAGCACAAUCCAAAAAAUCACGAAAAGUGGUGGCAAAGAAGGCUGGAUCACAACUAAUAUCAACCAAGGGCAUUACGAUAGUUAUUACUGGGUUCUUGCUAUAAUGAGCUUUGUGAAUCUGUUUUAUUUUAUGGCAUGUUGUUGGGCUUAUGGUCCUUGUGCUGAUGAAAUGGUGAAAGACAAGACUAAGAUCGGUACUAGUAAAGAAACGCUUGAAGAGUUACAAAGAGCAAGAUCCGUAGCAGAUGAAAGAACAAGCCUUUUCAAAGGUUUGCCAUCAUAGUCAAUGUCUUCUAUAAAUCUUGAAAAUAUUAGGUUGUUUCGAACAAAGGGUUCAUUAUAUUGUCAUCAUGCCGGUACUGAGGGAUUUGUAAACAAGAUCCCUUUAUUAGAAUGACCGAUAUAAAACACAAAUGAAAGAACGAGGAUCGGUCAUAAAUCUGAAAUUGAUCUAAGGGCUUGAUUCGGGGGGUGUUUAGUUCCGUUUGGUUUGAAGCGUGAUGAUAGAUGAGAUUUUCGAUUAGUUUUGUGUUAUGGAUGUGGUGUAAUAGGUUGAUAUGCUGGAUCAGAACUUUAAAAAUAUACUUGUAAACAUAAAUAUUAAGUGUGUUUAAGAUUUUUUGUUUA